GCCUUGAAGUGCCCGGAAAUCUUCCUUGCUCGAUCGUGCCGCGUUUCCCUGCUUUUCCUCACUUCUCGACUUCAUCUCAGCAGCUCGAAGCAGCCUUUCCGCAUGGCCCUGAUCGCCGUCGUCGCCCCCGCUCUCUACGUCGUUGCUGUAGUUGGUGUCCUCUUCGUCGUCAACAUCUACCACCGUGGAGAUCCAGAUGAAGAUAUCGAGGCGGUGAUCACCAGAGCCGACGAUAAAGCUGCCGACUCCGGCGAGAGUGAGCUGCAGGUUGGCGGCGAUGGCCAAGUGGGUUGCAGAACCAAAACCUUCUUGUUCUCGUCGUUUCUACAGGUACCAAGGCACUUCUUUGUUUGCUUGCAGGAGAGCGGGGUGGAGACUCAUGUCAAGACUAUGCCGGAAAAGGUCGUGGAAGCCGGCAACCCCGAGGGCCGGGAGGAGCACCAUCGACUGCCGGAUGCAGGGGCGGCUCUCGUCGCCCAAAGGCAGGAGCAACGGAUGGGUAGGAACGGCUCUCGCGGCAGUGGAGAAUUGGAGAAAUUUCAGAUCACUUCUGCUGAAUCUGAUGAAGCAAGAUUGGGGAAAGGAGCAGAUUCUGAAGCAAGGCAGCACAUAAAUGCAAAUGCUAAACCAGCUUGUGGGAGUGAUGAUGAGAGCCCCAGAGGUCCUCUGCAACAAAAAGUCCAUGGGAAACCGAGUCAGAAGCAUGAUCAAGUGAACAGUGUGUCAUUGGAUCGACUGGCUGAGCAUCUCCAAACAACUUUGGGAGCUUCAGGUGUGAUCCAACCAGCUAAUGUUGAGACGGCUAUCGACGUGCAAACACUGUUGAAUCAACCGACGGAUGAAAGAGUAGUGCUGCACAGUCGCAGAGAAGAAGUGAUAAAAAGUGCCAUGAAGUUUUCAUACAUGUCAAUCGGCAUUUCUGGUGGUGCAUUGGUAACUAUCUUCUUUGGAUACUACGUAAACCAAUGGGGGCGGAUCCAUAGUUUUCAGCUCAAGAUCUGCACCUUGAUCAUGCUCGCAUCCUUUGUUUCUGGAGUCAGCAUCCCGCUGCUUAAUUUUCUCCAACACCACAUCAGUGUCUCUCUACGACUCUUCAGAAGCCUCAAGUGCACAGCCUUUGCACUACUUGUCCUGGCACUGCUCGACGUCUCCAUUCUUUUUAUGAAGAUACUUGCACUGUUUGCGUUCGUCCCAACAAUCGCCGUGGUUGUGAUCGUCUAUGUGAUUGCAUUCCGUGAGGCGCCGACGACGAGUGAUGACCAUCAUCAGCAACGCACGACUUGAGUAUAGAUAUAUGGUAACUGUUCUUAAUUCAUUAUCAUGAAUUGUUUUAUUUAUUACGAUUUAAAUAUUUUAAUUUUUUAUUCAUUGUAAAUGAAUCGUUAUUAUUAAAUAUUUUAUUUAAUAUCAUUAAAAUUUUUUAUUAUGGUUCAAACGUUACAAAUUUGAAUUACUUCUUGAACAUUACGAAGUUGGUAAUAAUAAAUGUUCGAGAACAUCUAUAUAAACGAGGAUUUUGGUCUUCGAGCUCAACAUCUCUUUAAAGGUUUAAGGAUUUUUUACAGCAUCUAAAGCGAGAGUUCUGAACCGAAAAGUGCCAAAAUUCAAGAAGAAAUCGUUGCUGAAAUUCUUAACAACAAUGACCGGAGGUAUGUAAUUUUGUUUUCACAUUAGUUUUUCUUGUAUUUCUAUUAUAAUAGUUUAGAAACACAUUUUGAUAUUA